AUGCAUGAAAGCGAUGAAUUAAGCGACUUUGUAGGUGGUGUGCCUAAUAAUGCCCUUAUAUUACAAAAUGAAAGAUCAAAUAAUGAUCAACCUGUUCAUCCAGCGCAAAAUUUGAUCUAUGCCAGUAUUAUUGGUCUAGGAUUGUUUUUUAUCAUAAUUUUCAUAUGUAUGAUAUGGUUACGGCCGCGAAAACACGAUGAAUCGAUAGAGAUGAAUACAUUUGUAAUAGUAUCGACGAUAACAACAGCAACGACAACAACUGUGAAAACUACUAAACUUGAAUCGAUUAUUACAAGACAGAAAACAACAUCAGUUUUGACCAGCACAACGACGACAGAAACACCCUCAUCUAUAUCAGUUAGACCAACAACAACAAGAAAUCAACAAGUAUUAGACAUUUGUAUUCCAAUCAGUUGGAAUCAAACGGGAGAAAUCUUACUUCGAAGCGAUUAUGUAGAAAGUUUUAUUGUAGAUACUGAUCUCAAUAUAUAUAUUUCUAAUUCAAAUUUGAAUACGUUGCAAAAAUGGCUUCCGGGUGCUGAUAAACCGAUUAAUCUGUUUCAAGGACAUUUUCUCGGAACUCCAUUAUUUUAUCAUUCAUUGACAAAUUCAAUUUACUUUUAUUACAUGUUUCAUGAUGUUCCUGGUAUAUAUAAAUUAGUUAAUGGGAAUCCUACACCAAUACGUGUAUUUAGUGCAAAUGGAACAGGUUGGAAUAUAAACGAACUUGACAGAGGUUGUAAUGGAUUAUAUGUUGAUUCCAAAAAUGAUGUUUAUGUAUUGGACAGUGGUCAUCACCGUGUUGUUAAAUGGAUAAAUAAUGGUACUUCGCAAAUACUUGUUGCUGGAAGGAAACAAGAUGAAUCAAAUUCGGAUCAAAUUGAUAUGGCAUCAGCAUUAGCUGUAGAUGAGCAAAACAACCAUAUAUAUGUUCAAACACAUCUUAAAUUUCGACAAGCCAUAAGACGAUUCUCAGAUGGAUCUGUUUAUGGAACAGUUAUCUUUGGUGGUGGUCCUAAGACAGCUCUUUCUGAUGCACCCGCAGAUUAUAUUGAACCUCAAGCGAUACUGUUAGAUAAAAUGGGAAAUGUUUUAAUUGGAGAAUCUGGUAAAGUUACGAGAUGGUCGAUAAAUGCUGAAUAUCUUGGUAUCGCUAUUGGAGGAGUAUCGACUAAUGGAACAAAAAUGUCGUUCCCUGAUCGAAUAGCAUUUGAUAAAUACGGAAACUUAUAUGUCUAUGAUCAUGACGAGAAAAAGUUGGUUAGAUUCAAUGUUAAUUCCACUUCAUGUAAAAAUUAA